GAGCGUGAUUGGCUCAGGCCUGGAAAAGAGCGUUCGGGGAUCCUCAAUGUACAGGCCGCAGUAGUGCUACCGUUGGAAAAUUAACGAUAAUAAAUCACGACAGAUUCGCGGGGAUCCGAAACUCUUCAACGCUCCGAAGGCAGUCGCGGAGCAGACUCUUUCCUCCCAGAUGCCAGAUUCACUGAUUUGCUUCAUGUUUGUGAUGCUUUUACGUGAAGGGAACUACUGUCAAAUGUGAAGUAUUGUGGAACAAUCACAGAUAAUGGAUCAAGGUGGAGGGAUCCUGGAGCUUCACAAGGAUUUAAAAAUGCCCCAUACAAUGAUAAUGCCAGAUUUUGUUGCAGGGAUGGGCGGCCUGGCACACAUCGACGGCGAUCACAUCGUGGUGUCCGUGCCGGAGGCCGUGAUGGUGUCGGAUGUGGUGACGGACGAGGGCAUCAUGCUGGAGACCGGCCUGGAGGCUGAGGUCGUGGAGGGGCCCGACAUCUGUCACGAGGACGUCAUCACCACCGAGGGCGUGAUCAUGUCCGAGUCCAUCCUGGGGGCCGAGGUGGCCAUCCAAGAGGCUCUGGGCGGCACGGCUGACCUGAUCGAGGAGACGGUGCCCGAUCAGGUGUUUGUGGCCGACCUCAUGUCUCCUCACGAUCAGAGCCCGCUGGACCACGACCUGGUGUCCGCCGAGGUCAUGGUGACGGACACGGAGACGGUCAUCCAGGCACACGACGCCAUGCCGCCUGACGUCACCAUUAAAGCAGACGAGGAGGAAGAGGAGGAGGAGGAGGAGGAUGAAGAGGAGGAGGAGGAGGAGGAGGAUGCGAAGAGCACUUCAGAGGACUACCUCAUGAUUUCCUUGGAUGAGGUUGGGGAAAAGCUGGACAUCGGAGACGCUCCUUUGAAGAUCACCGCAGAUGUGGGCCAGGAUGACGAUGGCUCGAAAGAGGAUGAGUUCAGCUCGGAGGUCAUUAAGGUCUACAUCUUUAAGGCGGAUGGAGAUGAAGAUGUGGAAAUAGGCAGCACAGAGGUGGUGGCAGAGAGUCACACGGCUCUGGAGGCGGCGGGUUCGGGCAGGCUGCCCAGAGAGAAGAUGGUCUACAUGGCUGUAAAGGACGUCAGCCAAGGAGAGGAGGACAUCAACUGCUCAGAGAUGACUGACCAGGUGUAUAUGGAGGUCAUAGUCGGAGAGGAAGAAGCUCCUGCUAUCACUGAAGCUCAGCUGGAGGACACGCCGGCUAACAAGACCUUUGUUCCUGCUGCCUGGGCGACUGCUUACGGAAGCAGUCUUGAAAGUAAGAAUGGUGCAGCCACUCCCUACCUACAGAUCACUGACAGCAUCAGCACAAGCCGAGCACUUAAACAGAAGAUCAAGAAGAAGAGGAGAGGAGAGACUCGCCAGUGCCAGACAGCUGUAAUCAUCGGCCCCGACGGACAGCCCCUGACCGUCUACCCCUGCCACAUCUGCGGCAAGAAGUUCAAAUCCCGGGGCUUCCUGAAACGCCACAUGAAGAAUCACCCGGACCACAUGUUCAAGAAGAAAUACCAGUGCACCGACUGUGACUUCACCACCAACAAGAAGGUGAGUUUCCACAACCACCUGGAGAGCCACAAGCUGAUCAUCAAGAGCGAGAAGAUCCCGGAGUACACCGAGUACACCCGGCGUUAUCACGAGGCCAGCCCGCUCAGCUCCAACAAGCUCAUCCUGCGCGACAAGGAGCCCAAGCUGCACAAGUGCAAGUACUGCGAGUACGAGACGGCCGAGCAGGGCCUCCUCAACCGCCACCUGCUGGCGGUGCACAGCAAGAACUUUGCGCACGUCUGCGUCGAGUGCGCCAAGGGCUUCCGGCACCCGUCGGAGCUCAAGAAGCACAUGCGGACGCACACGGGCGAGAAGCCUUACCAUUGCCAGCACUGCGACUUCCGCUGCGCUGACCAGUCCAACCUAAAGACUCACAUAAAGAGCAAACACGGCACCGACCUGCCCUUCAAGUGCGGCCACUGUCCGCAGGCCUUCGCCGACGACAAGGAGCUCCAGAGGCACACGGAGAUCUUCCAGGGCCACAAGACUCACCAGUGUCCGCACUGCGAGCACAAGAGCACCAACUCCAGCGACCUGAAGCGGCACGUCAUCUCGGUGCACACCAAAGACUUCCCACACAAGUGCGACGUGUGCGAGAAGGGCUUCCACAGACCCUCCGAACUGAAGAAGCACGCCGAAACGCACAAGGGCAAUAAAGUGCACCAGUGCAGGCACUGUGACUUCAAAACGUCGGACCCCUUCACGCUGAGCCGCCACAUUCUGUCCGUUCACACCAAGGACUUGCCGUUCAAGUGCAAGCGGUGCAAGCGCGGAUUCAGGCAUCAGAACGAACUUAAGAAGCACAUGAAGACGCACAGCGGUCGCAAGGUCUAUCAGUGCCAAUAUUGCGAGUACAACACUACGGACGCUUCGGGUUUCAAGCGGCACGUCAUAUCUAUUCACACUAAAGACUACCCGCACAGGUGUGACUAUUGCAAGAAGGGUUUCAGGCGGCCGUCGGAAAAGAACCAACACAUAAUGCGGCAUCACAAGGAAACUCUGCUAUAACGCUCUUUGUUUCUGCUCGUGUCAUUUACAGCCCUCUUAUUUAAAGCAGUGGCUCUCAGCUCUAGCCCUCGGGACCCACUGUGCAUUUUGCACACUCUCAAAAAUAAAGGUGCUGUUUCACAGUAACCAUUUUUGGUUCCACAAAGAACUCUUUGCCACAAAAGAAGCUUUUGUGAAACAUGCCAUCAAAAAAUGUUUUUCUAUGGCAUCGUAAAGCACCUUUAUUUUUAAGAAUGUAUCCCUGCAUCUCAGUGCGCAUACUGUUCAUCCCUCGUCCCCUAAAUAGUAUUGAAAAUGACUAAAAUCACAUAGAUUUUGGGAUAGAUGGUGUGCAUGUUGCGAUGCAGGCUAUGUAGGAGAGAAACCAAUGGACUCAACUGAGUGUGUCAGAUAAGAGAAACAAAAUGAACGCACAGAGCAUUUGGUCCCCAGAACUGGGGUUGAGAAUCACUGAUGUAAUGUGUAUAGAAACUUAAAUCACAGGUAGAAGUGGCUAAAAGUAUGGUCUUGGUCAAAAUGAUCAUGUCGCACCUCACACGGUCUUUGAUGGACAGUCAUUCAGGGUCUCAGAUGCCUAUAUUUUUAUACCCACUUUGCUUAAAUGCUGUUAGCAAAUCAUAUCCUCUAUUUAUAGGAAUAGCUCACCCAAAAAUGAAAAUGUACUCGCUCUCUUGUUCUUCCAAACAUCUUCUCUAGAGGGUAAAAGAGCGUUCUUUCAUUAACUAAUAGCAUCUACUGACCAGUGUCCUUCAGGCUACAAAACUGGAUGAAAAAGCAUCCUAAAUCUGUCAUAAAAGUAAGCUUUGUGCACUUUUUGUGUUCAUUUUGGGCUUUCUGGUUUCUGGUCACUAGACUUUUGUAUGGAAAAAAGCAGAAGCGGUUUCGUGCUUCAUGGAAGAAAAUGGCGUGGGUUUGGAAUGACACGAGAGCGAGUAAAUGUUUUCUUUUAUGGGUGAUAUAUUCCUGGUCUGAGCAUCAUCAUAGACCUUAGUCAGGAUAGACGACAUUGAAUUUCACAAAAUAAGGCUAAACGUAGUCUUUAUAAUGGCAUGCGCUUUAUAAACCUAGAUCGCAUGUCAUUUAAAGCUGUUUUUAAUCUACUGAGAGACGUUUCAUCAGCUCUUGUACAAUCGGUAACAUUAUAGUCUACUAAUUCCUCACUUUUUAAAUCCUGACUAAAGUCUAUAGGGACAGACACUUUCUAUUACUCUCCGAAGUCAUUCAAUCAUUAGAUGUAUUUUACCAGCUUGUAUGUCCAGGUUUUACUGUACCUUUUACCGUUUUAUACCCAUCAUGAUGUUCUGUUGUGGUAUCUUUCCAGCAUCUGCUCUCUGCGAUCUGUCUUUGGCCUUCCUCAACUUUGUGAACACCACUACAAAAUUCAAUGUUCGCGUAAAAUGAAAUGUUAACAACACGGCGAACGUGCACAUACUGCCAAUUACUUCUGAUCUCUUGAGUUAUGCCUUACAUGUAUUUUUUUUUGCACUGAAUUCAGUAUGAAUCGAUUGUGAAUAUUUUUAACAGGUUUCAGUUACGCUAUAAUAGAUGUAUACAUUAACAAAUGCAAAUCACAUUAAGAGCACCUUUUGCUUUGAUAACGUCACUUUUGAGUUAUUUAUUUUUUAGCGGGUGGGCAAACGUAGACACGACCUCCUAAAGCAGAAGCCAUCCUUAAGCCCCUUCCCAGCAGUACUUCAGCUCUGGCUAUGACUGUGCUUCAAUGCUGUCGGACAUCCUAAUCUUUAAUGCGUCACCAUGUGUAAAAACCUUCAUCACAACUGAAAGUGUGGGAGAUUCGCAUCAGAUUCUAGACGCCAGUGGGACAUCAUCUGGACAGAUGGAAAGCUCACUGGAGUUCGGGUGUAAAUGGAUGUAGUAGAUUUUGCUUUAGAGUUUAAUUGGUUGUAUUAAGUUAAGACAGUGUUUAAUUGAUUGAGCGCUUUCGAGGUAAUCAUACACUUGGACUCAGUCACUCUCAUUCAUGAACCACAAGGAGAACCGUGUGUAAAUAAUAACCGUUCUUCUGUAAAUGCCGUAAUCGUUAAUGAAGUACUCACAGAUUGGUUCUGCUGGUGUUUUGUGAAUGAGGUUCGUGGCGUUCGUUUGGCAGGCGGUUUAGAUAUCGCCGUGUUCGUUACAGUUGUGGUUGGAGAUUAACAUUCUUCAUGAGAAAUAAAAUUCAUGCAUUACAGUUAUUUUCUGACAGGUGGACUACUGGUAAGAAGGAAUCAAAAUAAAUAUUUCUUUCGAAAAGCUUUCGGAAAUGGUUUUACACUCAGGUAUUUCCUUGACGUUUAGCAAAUAGCACUUUUCAGAUGUAAGAAAUUAACAGUCUAAAUAAAUCAUUCAAGGAAAAUCGUUUUAAUCCGCUUAUAAGUGUUGUAUUAUGCCAUUAAAGUGGGUAAUUACACAUGC